AUGGUAGUCAACAGGCACGUCCGGUAAAUUAUCGCCUAGAAUUUAGAGGGAAAAAAAAAGGGACAAAAAAUAUAUUAUUCGAAAAACAAAAUAGUAAAACAAACUCAAAAUCUGAAAAUACCGAUAAUAGCCUAAAAAAUAAUUCGGAAUUUUGUCAUAGAAUAGCUCUUCUGUAAGCUGCUACAUUCAACUGCCAAUACAUCUCCGAUUCUCUCCGUCAACUUUAACGGCCAUUUUCCAUAAUCGGCGACUUUAUACAAUUCAGUUUUCUAACACUUAAACGAUUUCUGCUUCUUCGGGCGGAGCGGCGAUGGCCGGCGGCGGUCCGAGAAAUUAUUCGGCGAAUCCAAACGAUUACAAGCUUCUAGAAGAAGUCGGUUACGGAGCUAGUGCAACUGUUUAUAGAGCGAUCUAUCUUCCUUUCAAUGAAGUCAUCGCAGUCAAGUGUUUGGAUCUCGAUCGCUGUAAUAGCAAUCUGGAUGACAUUCGCAGGGAAGCUCAAACGAUGAGUUUGAUAGACCAUCCUAAUGUAAUAAAGUCAUUCUGUUCGUUUGUUGUUGAUAGCUACCUUUGGGUGGUGAUGCCCUUCAUGGCCGAGGGUUCUUGUCUGCAUCUCAUGAAGAUAGCAUAUCCAGAUGGAUUCGAAGAAUCCGCUAUUUGUUCUAUGUUGAAGGAAACUCUCAAGGCUUUGGAAUAUCUCCAUCGACAUGGGCACAUCCAUCGAGAUGUUAAGGCUGGGAAUAUCUUGCUGGAUACUAAUGGGAUAGUAAAGCUGGGGGACUUUGGUGUUUCAGCAUGCAUGUUUGACAGUGGUGAUAGACAGCGGUCUAGGAAUACCUUUGUAGGAACUCCGUGCUGGAUGGCACCAGAAGUUCUGCAGCCUGGAACUGGAUAUGAUUUCAAGGCUGACAUUUGGUCACUUGGAAUAACUGCCCUGGAGUUGGCUCAUGGUCAUGCACCAUUUUCAAAGUACCCUCCAAUGAAGGUUCUACUGAUGACAAUACAGAAUGCCCCUCCUGGACUUGAUUAUGACCGAGACAAAAAAUUCUCUAAGUCAUUCAAGGAAAUGGUUGCAAUGUGCUUGGUGAAAGAUCAAAAUAAAAGGCCAACCGCUGAGAAGUUGUUGAAGCAUUCUUUUUUCAAAAAUGCCAAGCCUCCAGAGCUUUCUGUAAAGAAACUUUUUGCUGACUUGCCACCACUUUGGCAUCGAGUUAAAGCCCUCCAGCUUAAAGAUGCUGCACAGCUAGCUUUGAAGAAAAUGCCUUCUUCCGAGCAGGAAGCAUUGUCACAGAGUGAAUACCAACGGGGAGUUAGCGCCUGGAACUUUGAUCUGGAGGAUUUGAAGCUUCAAGCUUCACUGGUACAUGACGAUGACGAUAUACAAGAAAUUAAGGAAGAAGAUGAAGCCAUGAAAGCUUAUAUGAACUACAAGGAAAAACCUAUUGCAUCCCCAUAUGCUGGAAAACAGAUCCCAAGAAAAGAUUCGAUUGCCAGUGAGCAAGAAAGUGUUGGUGAAGUGUCAUUAGCUGAAUAUGAGAUCAAGAAUGGAAAAGAUCUGGAAAGUAGUCAACUGGAUUCUGAUCAUUGGGAGAAAAAUGGACUAAAGAAGAACGCAUCAAAAACAGAGUUGCCUCCCCUAACCUCAGAGAAGGAUGCUUUGCCGGUCAAGAAUAGAACUCAAACACCAAAAGCUCGUCAAAGUCAGAGUGGACCACUUAUGGCUGGUGUUGUACUAAGUCACUCGGCAUCAGAAAGAGCUCGGAACUCUGAAAGAACUGAAAUUGAAAACCAACAACCAGGAGAUAAAGCUCAUCAAGUGCGAAGAGCACCCAGCUUUAGUGGCCCCUUAAUGCUUCCUAACCGAGCUUCAGGAAAUAGUUUAUCAGCUCCAAUUAAAUCAUCUGGGGGAUUCAAAGAUUCUUUGGAUGACAAGUCAAAGCCGAACUUGGUUCAAAUAAAAGGCCGUUUUUCUGUAACAUCGGAAAAUGUAGAUCUUGUAAAGGAUAUUCCAUUAUGUACAGUUCCUCGACGAUCUUCCCAAGGAUCGCCACUUAGGAAGUCUGCUAGUGUUGGAGAAUGGCUGGUCGAAUCUAAACAGACGCCAUCCUGUCAACCACCGAAGGAUCUUGGCCUUAAUAAUGUUCCUGCUUCAAUUCUCAUGCCUCACCUACAAAAUCUUUUUCAACAGACGUCAAUCCAGCAGGAUCUCAUUGUAAAUCUAUUGAGUAGCUUGCAACUAUCUGAGGCAGGAGAUUCUUCUCAAAAUGGAAAGUUACCUCCCGUACAGCGCCCAGAGAACAACGGAACUGUAAGUACAUGUCUUUGCUUUGAAUAUAUGUUAGCUUUAAGAAUUUAGAAGCUGCAGAUGUUU